GUCGCGGCCGGCUGGAGCGGGCUGCGGCCCCGCUACGAACACGCCACGUUCCUGCCCGCCACCGACCCCCCGCGACUCUGGGUCUUCGGCGGCGCCCACCCGGCGGGGAACCGGAGCUGCGUCCAGGCGCUGGACCUCGAAACAGGAACCUGGGAGAGUCCUGAAGUGAGUGGAGUGCAGCCGCUGCCUAGGACAUUUCACACCUCCUCAGCAGCCGUAGGAGACUGUCUGUACGUGUUUGGAGGGGGAGAUAAAGGAGCAGAACCCGUUAAAGACCAGCGGCUUCACGUGUUUGACUCAGCCACCUUGACCUGGUCCCAGCCAGAUACUCACGGUGAUCCCCCCUCUCCUCGGCAUGGACACGCUGUGGUUGCAGUUGGGACCAAACUCUUCAUCCAUGGAGGUUUAGCUGGUGAUAUUUUUUACAAUGAUCUAUUCUGCAUUGAUAUAAAUGACAUGAGAUGGGUUAAGAUACCAGCCACAGGUGAUGUCCCAGGAGGACGGGCAUCCCACUCAUCAGCUGUGUUUAAAGAUCACUUGUACAUUUUUGGUGGAAUAGGUCCAGAUGGGACACUAGAUACUACAUACAAGUAUCACACAGAGAAGCAGCAGUGGACGCUCCUACAGUUUGACUCCCCUCUGCCCGCUGGGAGGCUGGACCACACCAUGUGUGUCAUUCCCUGGCAGGCUGGCAAGAGCAGAGACGCAGGAGCUGUCACCAGGGACAACAAAGCUAGGAGAGAGUCAACUGCAUCAGUGGGUGACAAAGCUGGCCCCCUCCAGAAGAGCCAAGAGGAGGAGGGGUGUGCUGAAGACACAGUCAUGCAUCUGCUAUUAAUAUUUGGUGGGAUGGACACACAGGGGGAAAUAUAUAGGGACUGCAUUGUCAGUCUGAUUGAAUAGCAGAGCUGCAGUCCUGCACAGCACCAGCCUUUUCUACACAGUUUUUAUAGUACUGUCAGAUUAAAUUAAUUCUUUCCAAUAAAGAAAUUCUUACCCUCAAAGGGAUGUCACUGUGCUAACACAGCCCUG